AAAAUCAGUUUUAGGGUUUAUAGUUACGCCUUUUUUUCAAAUUCUUUAAUCCAAAUCAACCCCUCUCUCUCCUUUCUCAAUUCCAAGUUCAAAAUUUUUAUUUGUUGUUUCAAUGGCAAAUAACAAUGCUGGUGGUAGUGUUGAUAAUACAUUCAGAAGAAAAUUCGAUCCAGAAGAGUACUUAGAACGCGCUCGUGAGCGUGAAAAACAGGAAGCCGAGGGUCGUGGGAAAUCUAAAUCGAAAGGGCCACCGGUGCAAAGGAAGCCCUUGAAGCAUAGGGACUAUGAAGUUGAUCUCGACUCUCGGUUGGGGAAAACUCAGGUUGUUACACCAAUUGCACCUCUAAGUCAGCAGGCUGGAUACUACUGUUCAGUUUGUGAGUGUGUGGUAAAGGAUUCUGCAAACUACUUGGAUCACAUCAAUGGAAAGAAACACCAAAGAGCUUUGGGCAUGUCUAUGCGGGUGGAGCGUGCAUCUCUUCAACAGGUCCAAGAGCGAUUUGAAAAGCUCAAGAAACGUAGAGAACCUGGAAGCUUCACAGAGCAAGAUCUUGAUGAACGGAUCUUAAAACAGCAAGAAGAAGAGGAGGAACGCAAGCGUCAACGCCGAGAAAGAAAGAAAGAGAAAAAGAAAGAGAAGGCAGCAGAGGAGGAAGAAGCUGAUAUUGAUCCUGAUAUUGCAGCUAUGAUGGGGUUUGGCGGUUUCGGUUCAUCAAAAAAAUAAUCAUAAUGUUUGUUCAUACUUCUCUACCAGGAAUUAGCUUUGCCAUGAUGUAACAUCAGGAGCCUUCUUCAUAUGGAAAUUCUGAGCUUUGCCGUGUAACAUUUUGUAGUUUCCCUCUCUCAGGCUGUCUUUCAUGCUCUCCUAGCAAUCAAGUCUGUUAGAGGAAAAACAGCCACUCAUUUGCUAGACAUGUACUGUAGAUUCAACGGUUAUAAUACAUUUUCACUGUUUCAUCUACCCUAUUUUCUGUGACACUUCACUCGAAUUUCUCCUCUCUUAUGUUAGUCUCUUCUAUUGAGUAAAUAUUGGAAGUUAUAGGUUGAGCGUUCUCGAGUCUGUACUCAUGACUGGAAUUAACACUUUAAUCUUUUUUGGAAUGCUGGAGGAUUUUUCUCA